GAGGCUGUGCCAGAAGACUCUCGCUCGUGUGAAAUCGUCUGGCUCUCGACCACAACCUCUGAGGAUAUGUGCGAGUGCUGCAGCAGGGCUCAGUGGCAGCCUGCAGCCCUUCUCAUGCCCCGCUCUCUCACCAUGCUGGACGAGGAUAUCUGACCACUCAGCUCCAGGAACGUUCAUACUGUUUCCUCUCUUUUUCUCCUUUUUCUCUGAGUAGACGUUAAGAAUCUGGGUCUGGAAAUGGAGAACAAACUGGCCAAGGCGCUCUACGACAACACGGCCGAGUGCCCUGACGAGCUGGCCUUCCGUAAGGGGGACAUCCUGCGGGUGGUGGACCGCAGCGCGGUGGGCACCAGCGGCUGGUGGCUGUGCUCUCUGCACGGCCGGCAGGGCGUGGCCCCCGCCAACCGGCUGCAGCUCCUGCCCCCGCCCGCUCCGGCCCCCGGCACCGGGGCCCCCGAGUGGCCGGGACCCCCCCAGGCCGAGGACCACGCCCGGCCGCAGAACAUCUACCAGGUCCCCAGCGUGCCGCGGCCCUCCAGCAGCCCGCUGUAUGAGCGCAUGGACAAGAUCUACAAGGCGCCCUCCUCUGCCCCGAGGGGCCCCGGCUCCCCGGCGCUGAGGGGCCCCGGCUCCCCGGCGCUGAGGCACGGCUGGGAGUCGACGGAGGCCAGCCGGCUCACAGCCUCCGGCUUGUCUUCCUCCCCCGAUGGGGGAGUGUACGAUGUCCCGAGCAGACGGCCCUCCCUCAACCCGACGCAGAUGUCCCAGAGGAAGACGUGCCGUAAAGCCUGGCUGACCUCGCCGGCGGGGCAGAGCCCAAGAUGCAGCAGUCCCAACGACACCUACGUCUACGCAGUCCCCCCAGCUCACUGCCGGGAGCCGUGCUACGACGUGCCCGUCCCCUCCGCCACCGACGCCCUGCAGAGAACGCUCAGCAGCUGCAACACGCUCCCGAGCCGCCGCAAGGGCGACUGGAUCUACGACGUCCCCGUGUCACCGGAGAAGCCGGGGCUCAGCGCGGCGUCCGGCGGCACCCUCCCCUCCAGAGCCCCCGGCCGGCAGCUCUUCCCUCCUCCCAGCGCCGCCCCGGCGCCACUCGGCCCCCCUGGCCCCGGCCUGUACGCCGUCGUCAACGCCGGCCCUCCCCCCGAGCGGCCCCCGACCGGCGCCGACCUGCCCGCGCUGCCGCCGAGGGUCCGGGCGUCCGUCUACGGCCAGCCCCCGGCCCGGAGGAGCUCGGAGGAGCAGGUCUACGCCGUGCCUCCGCAGGACAAGGUGUGCCACAUCCCCCUGGAGUGCCGGGGCGACGCCUCCUACCCAUACGACCACACCCGAGCCCGCCUGCAGAGGAUGAGGACGGUCUUAGGCCCCGCCUCCCUCCGCCAGCGGCCGGGGGGCGACGACCCGCUGCUGGAGGACGAGGAGGGGCGCUCGGACUCCCGCCGCGCGGCCACCGACAGCCAGCGGAUCAGCACGGCCUCCAGCUCCUCCACCUCCUCCACCUCCUCCACCUCCUCCUGCGACUCCACGGCCCCGAGCUCCUCCUCCUGCUCCCCGGAGCCCCUGCGGGAGGUGGGCCUGAGCCAGGAGGAGGCCGGCGCCAGGCUGCUGGAGCUCCACGAGGCGCUGGGCCGGGCGGUCCACCGCCUCAUGGACUUCGUCAGCAGCAGCUGGAGGAGCAGGGAGCACCUGGAGAAACACCUGGAGGAGAUCCGGGCGGCGGCGGAGGGAAUCGACCGCGCCGUCAGCGGCUUCCUCGCCUUCGCCCUGGACGUCAAGGGCAACGCCCGCCACCUGACGGACGCCAACCUGCGGACGCGGUUGCUGAAGCAGCUGUCCAUCGUGGAGGACUCGGGGCUCAUCCUGCGGCAGACGGUGGGCUCGCUGAGCGCGUCCGGCUGGCCCCUGGACGCGCUGUCCCAGGACCCCGGCCUGCUGAACACGCCGGACCAGCUGGAGCGCUUCGUGAUGGUGGCGCGCACCGUGCCCGAGGACGUCAAGCGCCUGGUGUCCAUCCUGAACGCCAACGGCCGGCUGCUGUUCAGACCCAACCAGAGGGAGCCGGGUGACGGGGGGCCGGGGGACGGGGGGCCGGGGGACGGGGGGCCGGCCGCCGCCGCCGGGGGCCAGCAGAACGGGGACGCGGUGGACGACGACAACGAUUACGUGCAGCUUCAGACCAAGAAGGAGUUUGAAAGGCAGAACCACCGCCGGGAAGCGGACCCCCACGACGGCACGCCCUCUGCUGCCACCGGCCACGAGGAGACGACCCCCCCGGGCGCCCCCCCCCCGACCCAGGAGGGGGCGCCGGCGGGCCCCAGGCCGGAGCACUGCCGGCUGUACUUCGGGGCCCUCCAGAAGGCCCUGGGGGGCUUCGUGGGCAGCCUCCGCGGCGGGCAGCCCCCGGAGCAGUUCAUCCCCCACAGCAAGCUGGUGAUCAUGGUGGGCCAGCGGCUGGUGAACACGCUGUACCAGGACGCGCGCGGCGCCGGCGCCCGCCAGAGCCUGCUAUGUAAGAGCAGCCACCUGUGCGCCCUCCUCAAGCAGCUGGCCGUGGCCACCAAGAAGGCCGCGCUGCACUUCCCCGACAAGCAGGCUCUGCAGGAGGCGCACGACUUCGCCGGGGAGCUCGCCCAGAAGGCACAGCACUUUCGGAUCUCGCUGGAUCUCUGAGCGCGUUAGAGCGCGCUGGACGGGGAGCGAGCAGUCGGGCGCGGCCGGGGGCGGGCUGCUGCUGGAGGACCGGGUCCGAGCGCCACCCGCGGUACUCUCAAAAGGCUGCUGCUGGAGGACCGGGUCCGAGUGCCGCCCGCGGUACUCUCAUAAGGCUGGUGCGUGUGAAGGUCGGGUGUUCGGCGAUACCGCUCUCGCUCGCCUCCUCGGCCCCCCCUGUCCCUCGUCUCCCUUUGUCUCUGUAUAUAUUAAUAUAUAUUCCUCACAUCGGAACGUCAUGAACUCUGCCUCCAUGUGAGUCUUAGAGCAGGCCACUGAAAGCUUGUCUGACUGGUGUUCAGGAAACUAUUUGUGGAGAUUUUAAAAUAUGUUGCACAUUGAGAGUGGCUUAUCUUUCCAAGUCAGUUAGAAAAGUAUAUAAUGUAAUUUGCUUGUUAUGUUUUACAACCAUUUAAAAUUUAUUUCUGUUGGACACAUGUUUUCAAUUCUAAUGUCGUAUUUUAUACAGUUUGAGACUAGCUGUUUGGCAAUAUAAACCUUUUGUGAAUAUCAUGUAUAUAACCUAAAAUGUGUUAUGCAUUCCCAAGCUUUUCUGUUAACAAAUGAAAUGGUAACACUUAUGAAAAGGGUACAAUAAUUAACCAUUGAUUAACAUUAGUUAAUACAGUAAUAAGGAUUAACUAACAAUUAACUGCAGGGAAUUAACAGUUAAUUAAUGGUCUAGUUAUAAUUUAACCAAGGUAAUGUUUUUUAUGUAAACUAGGGUAUUAAUUAUGCAUGAUGUAAUAGGCCUACCGUUUGGAUCAUAAAUACCAUUAGUAAAUUAUUACUAGACCAUAAGUCAACUGUUAAUUACCAGUUCAUUAUUGUUCCCUUAUUGUAAAGUGUUACCAAUAAAAUAUGGAAAUGUCAUAUUUCUAUUGAAACUAAGAUUAAAACUAUUUGAAACCAAAGUUUUUUUGGUAUUUAAGCCUAAAACAAAUAAUACACUUGCUGUGUGUUCUAUACCAUCACAUGUUUCUGAUAAACAAAUUGCAAAUAUUCAA